AUGGAGCCGAGGGCGGGUGUUUCCAAACAGGACAUUCGUGAGCAGAUUUGGGACUACAUGGAGUCAAAAAAUUUAGCUGAUUUUCCCCGGCCUGUUCAUCACAGGAUUCCCAACUUCAAGGGCUCUUAUCUGGCUUGCCAAAACAUCAGAGACCUUGAGGUUUUUGCCAGAACGCAGGAACUUAAAGUGGACCCUGAUAAACCACUGGAAGGCGUCCGGUUGCUGGCACUGCAGAGCAAAAAAAUAUUAUUGGUUCCAACACCGCGACUGAGAACGGGGUUGUUUAAUAAGAUCACUCCACCCCCUGGGGCAACUAAAGACAUCUUGAGAAAAUGUGCCACCUCUCAGGGUGUGAGGAACUACAGCACUCCCGUGGGCUUGGACUCCAAGGUCCUUGUGGACUUAGUUGUGGUGGGGUCCGUGGCUGUUUCUGAAAAAGGCUGGAGAAUUGGGAAAGGAGAAGGCUAUGCUGACCUUGAAUACGCCAUGAUGGUGUCGAUGGGAGCAGUCAGCCAGGGGACGCCAGUGGUCACCAUCGUCCAUGACUGCCAGGUUGUCGACAUACCUGAAGCACUCCUCGAGGACCACGACCUCACUGUGGACUAUAUCCUUACUCCAACUCGAGUCAUCAUCACAGGGUGUGAGCGCCCCAAGCCAGCGGGAAUCGCAUGGUCCAAGAUCAGCUAUGAGAUGAUGGAGAAGAUACCUAUCCUCAGAAGCCUGCGCCACCGAGAGGAGCAGGCUGGGAAGGACGUCACCCUCCGGGAUGGGCCCCGGAGCCCUCCAGGCGCCCAGGCCGCCCCCAGCACCGCCAGAAGCCCUCGGGACCCGGCCCCACCAGAAUCGGGCUCCGUGCCUUCCAGCUCUGUUGAGAUUGGGAACCUCCCCCAGGAUGUCAGGGUGAGCCAGCUAAAGCGGGCCCUCAGUGCACUGGGCGUGGUGCCCUCACGGCUCACCUGGCAGGGGCCACGGCACAGGGCCUUCCUUCACUACCGGGACCCGGCUGAGGCCCAGCAGGCCAUCGUCUGCCUGCAGGGCUUCCGCCUGGGCGCCAGCACAGUGAGGGUGGUGCUGGCCAGGCAGCAGAGGGCCGGUGACCUUGGGGGCGGCCACACCGCAGAGCCACUCCCUGACCAUCGACCGGCCGUUGCUGGCCCAUGA